GCGAAGAUGGGAAGCUAUUCACGACCGUGUUUGGUCCCUCGUUGAUCCCUUCUCUCGUCUCAUUUUAGUCAUACUGAAUCGAUAUUCCCGUAAAGGCAGACCCACAGCAGCCUCUAUCCGACACGUAUCGACCCUUUUACUGGAUAAAAGAGAAGGCGACGGGUUGGGAAACGGAGGAUCCGGCUUGUCCUUCCUCUGCGCUCAGUAGGCACAGUCAAAGGAGAUCUUGUCGAUGCGCACCAAGACGCGCAAAAGGACAUGUAUGCGCACCAGGGAGCAACGUUGAACUUCACCCCCUCUGACAGAGCCUAGAUUCAUUUGGAUAUCACUAGUGUAGUAUAUUGCAGUCUGUGCUUGACCACAUGCAUUGCAGGAGGUUUUGGAUUUAAACAGCAACAAGUGAAAUUGGUAAAGUGCUCUUUCACUGAGACGCUGGUCUGGGCUGACACGUGGAUUGGAUUCAUUAAUGUUGGGGGACGCUGCGUUAAUAUCCCACCUCAUCGACAUAUGGACAUUUGAAGAGAUCAACCUGCCGUUUUUCCACAGCGCAUCCUCUGGAGCAGGAGCGGACAGAGCUGGGCACACCGAGGAAUGCGGAGCCGGGAUUGUGUCUUUUCCAGCUCACCCGCGGAACUCUUCGCAGCACAAACCAAACCGGUGAGCACACGGGGCGCAAUGCUAAGGCAGAUCCUCCUCAACUCGACCCACACCCCGGACUUCGACUUGGUCCUCAUGGCCCAGUCCUCUACGCACGCCCCUUCCUCCCUGAACGCCUCCCAUGGGGGGUCUGUGAGCGUGGCCGCUCUCCUGAGACCCACCGCGGGGCGAGGAGGACUCCGGGAGGGCGAGCUCCACAAACCGGACCUGAUCACAUACAUAGUCAUGUGCCUGCUGCUCUUCCUGUUGGUGCUGCUCAUUGUGUUCUUCAUCAACUGCCAGCUGCGGAACUCUUUCUUCGCUUCCAUGCCAUAUGACAGGUCACUGAGAGAGGCCCGGACCUCCUACAAGUAAGCUAGACCCCCGGGACAAAUCCCUGGGACUCUGAGGCUGUUGUUGGGGUUUAAGGACUAACUGGUCACCCAAGAACUGCUGCACGUACUGGACUAAAUAAAUUGUUGCCUAUAGUUGUUUUGAACCCAUUGGAAAGCCUAAAUCAGGGCCAUAAUUAAAGUUUGCCCACAUUUUUCACUUUAAGGCCCAAAGCACCAUCCCAGAAAAUGCCCUUCAGGCAAUGGGUGCCAUUUCAGAAGAUUAAUGGGGCUUGGGCUUACUUCAGGUGGAAGGAUACCACUAUGACUCCUGAUUCAAUUAGUGACUCUUAUAUUUUCUGGUAAUUACUUAAUAAAAUGUGAAACAAUCCAUCAUCCUCUGCAACCCCCCUCGUGAUGCCACCACUGCACUUUGGAAACACAUUAAGUAUUCCUUUACAGUACACUCGCAAGCUUGUAUUUAUUCAUAUGGCAGCCUACAAAUUCGACCUGGUGUCUGCAAUCUGCAGAUAUUCACAGUAUUUCAAACAGGCCCCGACAAAAUGUGUCUAUUUUUUCCAUGGAAAUAUGACUUAUGGUAACAGAAAGGGUAUACAGCAGAUUGUAUAAUAUUUUGUAUGACUGUAACUUAACUGUCUUGUCUUGUAAAAUUAAGAAAUCAACACAAAAUGUCCCUCCUUCCAUUGUAAAAAUGCUGAUUAAAGGACAAAGUAUAGGCCCAUAUCGUCCCAUAAAUAUAUUCAAAUGCA